ACAUCUUGGCCCAGCUCCCGACAUCCAUGCUGAUUAUGCGACUGUUGUUCUGGAGCAUCCUCUGUGUUACCUUCAUUACCGCGGCCAAACUCGUCGCCGCAGACAGACCCACCAGGUCCUUGACGUUCCGGAAGGGCAGCUCCUACUUCUACAGGGUGAAUUACAAGCUGACUACCUUUUCGUACACCACGAUCUUCGCCCAUGCAGCCGGCUUUAAGUUGGUGUGGGAACUUCCUAGCGGGCCGGUUCGGAUCAAGAGGUCCAUCUCCGACGUUCACGAGGCCGCGGAACUGGUGUACGAAAGCCACGGUUUCGAUGGUAGAUCCUGUCUGAUGAAGAACAUUUGCCAAGCGAUGGAGUACGUGAGGCACAGAGAUGGGGUAAUAGCGAAAAUAUUAAAAUUACUGAUGGGAUCGUACGGGAAUAAUGGAAGUUUGCCGGAGGAUGCUGUUUACUGCGACAUUCACGUCAAGAAUUGCCCCCUCGAGUUAAUAGGAAUCGAUAGUUUUAUAGAGCAAUAAAAUGAAGAUUGAGUUACAAUAUGCUUGAUCCUGAUUGAUAUCUUCCAUUUAAAUACGUGAUGAAGGUCGUUUUAUUCAAAGUUGAUAGAACAAUUUUAAUUUUUGCUGGAUAAUUAUUUAUAAAUUAAAUUUUAUUAUAAAAGAACUAAUCAAAUCGUCGAUCGCGAAUUGAUGAUUCUUAUUUUUCCAACGAAUCGAUAUCUCCUCGUAGGGUCUUAUUUGUAGAAGUUGAACCGGAAGUGUCGGUCGUUCAUCAUCCCGGUGAAUUUUCCACUCUUCCGCGACAGCUCUCGCCAACAUUCCACGACAGAACGGUUAUAAUUGCAUCCACGUCGGACCACGCGUUAACGAAAAGCAUUAAUUUAGAAUGCUGUGCGGUUUUCUUGCCCGAGACGACGAAUAUGGUGUGGGUGGUGGUCGCGAGAGCGCGCAACUCCCAUAUGCAA